UACCAGGUAGUCAGCCUGGCGACAUCACCCUUUAUCAGUUUCUACAAAUCCAUGAUAUCCAUGCUGAUGAUCCUGUUCCUUUCUAAAUGUCAUCAGUGUUUGGACCUGACACUAAGUGCCAUGACGGAGGUGUCAAUCAACUAGCUGGAUGCUUAUCAUUGCAAGCCAAUGCAACAAGGAUUGUGACUUCAAGACGCCUGGCAGUGGCUGAAGGCUCAUUUUGUGACGGUUCGCUGGCAUCGUGGUGCGGGUUGGUUCUCCCGAUGAUGCAGUCGUACUUGGACACAGCAUGAAGGGUGAAGAGGAGCAUUCUGCCGACGGUUCACCUUCUCCAAAGAUGGCCAACCUCGUGACAUCGCUGUGCUGUGUGGUUCUGGCCGCCGUGGUGGUCGCCUACGCGCAGAAACGCAGUCAGCUUGCUGCCAGGAACCAAUACGAGCGAAUGGGCAGUGACGUCACCAUGCAGUGCGGCUCUCUGGCCAACGACGCCUCGGUGUCAUGGAAGGUCAACGGGACGGACGUGAAGGCCCAGCACCGUCUGGAGGGCCCCAGACUGAUACUGACCCAAGUGGACCUGGGCCACAAUGGACUCUACAGCUGCUUCCAGGACCCGAACGGCGAGAGACGGGACACAAUCAACCUCCGCAUCGGCAUUCCUCCUCGGGAGCCGGUGAUCACCUGUAGAUCCAACACCUAUCCCAAAGGCUUCUACUGCAGCUGGCACCAGCAACACUCCACAUACAUCCCCACUACUUUUGAAGUGGAUCUACAACAUAACCAGCGUUCACUCGAGGUGCAGAAAGAUUCCUUCCAUAAAAACCGCUGCCACGUACGUUUUCCGGAGGUCUUCUCCAGCUUCCCCUACAUGGUCAACGUGACGGCCAUCAACGCUUUGGGGAAAUCAUCCAGGACUUUUUCCUUUGAGGAGUCAAGUAUAGUCAAACCGGACCCCCCAGAGCGAGUGACGGCGACCCCCAUUCGUUACAACGCCCGGAGGUUGGAGGUCUCCUGGCAAAGUCCUGCCACCUGGCCGGACAUCGACAACUUCCCUCUGAAAUACUUCCUGCGAUACCGGCCUCUCAUCAAGGAGCAGUGGCAGCAUGUGGAGUUGUCUGACAGCACCGCCCACACCAUCACCGACGCCUACGCUGGCAAGGAGUACAUCAUCCAGGUUGCUGCCAAAGACACAGAGAUUGGAACUUGGAGCGACUGGAGCGUCGCCGUGCACGCCACACCCUGGAUUGAGGAGCCAGUGCAGACCACCUCCACCACUGACAUGGAGUACCUCACACAGACUAAGACUUCGCCAAUACCGUCGUCCAACGCACCACAGAAGGCCGAACCUCCAGUGGGCAGAGCUGCCAGGCUCUUCACCUUCUUCUCGCCUUUGCUGUUAGGCAUGCUGCUGCUGUUCAUGUAAUGUAAAUGUCAAACUGCCAGAAGCAGAGGAGGACGAAGAGGAGGAGGCUGGAUCUUUUGUUGUUUUUGUUGGGUUUUUUUUUUAUCUCUUCUUUGCACAUGUUCCGAGGACGCCGUGCAUCGAUCAUUUCUGUCCAUCACACACUUACUUACUCGCCAAGAUGACUCGGACAACGCCCCAUGCAGCAUUUUCAAUCAAUGGUUGACACAGAUGUUCCCCAGAAGAGCUAUUUUUUUUUUUCCCCCCAUCCCCCCUUACCACCCAUUCCCCCCCCGGCCGUGGUCAUCUUCAUCAGCAGCCAGAAUAGGAGCAACGCUGACAAACAGAACCUGCUGGCUUUAUUGAGCCACCACUGACUGAUUUGUUUGGCUGGCAACUGCAUCGACUCCUUUCUCUGCCUUCUUUUGGGCCCAUUUUUUUGUGAACACACACACACACACGCACACACACACAGUCAACUAUGUGUUUGUCACCGUGACCCAUACAGCUACACAGUCAUGCCAAAGACUCAAUGACGACCCCCCCCCCCUUCCAAGCCACCCCUGCAGAAAAACGAUCCGCUUUGUCAAAAGCUUUGAUUUGGAACCGCUUUGAAAAUUGUUUUCGCAUAAACCAUACGGUCUGAAUCAAACAUGAGGAACCCCCGCGGCUCUUUUUUAUUUAUCUUACCCCCCCCCCAAACAAAGAAGUCACACAAUGAAUCAAUCCGUGUCCACCCCCACCCUAAAUUCACACCUGGAUAGUCGGACUAACACUUUGCCUUAUUCCCAUCAUUUGCUUUGUAUUCAGCGACAGCCAAGAAGGACUUGGAUUGUAAAAAGAUAAAUAUAUCUAUAUAUGUAAUAAAAUCUACAACUGCCCAACAAUUUGUUUGGACUUUGAACAAAAGCAAGGCUGUUUUCCGAGGCACUGAUGGCUGUUAAAAAAACAAAACAAAAAAAAAAACAUUUUGCUUUGUGAUGUCUUGGGAAAUGUCUUUUUGCAGUUU